AAUAUCACCAUGUCCUACGCAGCAGCUGCCUCGAAAGGGCCAAAGCAAUCGGCUGACGAGGCGCGUGCCCCAGCUCCUCCAGAGAUUAUCGCCAACGAAUCCGCUAGCACUUCUUCCCUCAUCGACGUCGAUACCGACUCCGUACACACCGUACCCUCCGACUUCUCGUCGCAAGAUAUUAAGACCGACACACAAAGGGACCGCCUGGAGCACGAAGCUGAAGCCGCUGAAGCACGCGCUAAGGAGACAGCUUCUAAGGCCUCCAAGGAGUUCUCCAAGGAUGAGAAGAACGCUAAAGCCAAGGCAAAGAAGGUUGCUGGCAGAUUUGAGGCCAACAGCGAUAACCCUGUGUUUAUCGGAAAUGCUGUUGCGGUUGUAGCUAUUAGCACUGGGCUGGGUUUUGGAGCUUAUCGCAAGUAUGCUGCUGGAGAGUUGAGCUGGAAGGUUGUUGGUGCUUGGACAGGAGUCGUGGGUCUCUUUGCGGCUGGAGAUUACUACCUGAGCCAAUACCUUUUCAAGAACAAGUACCCCCAGAAGAAGUAG